AACAAAUCCGAUCCAUGGUGUCCUCACCUCGCAACUUGCCUGGAUCUUAAAGGAUUUUCCUUUCUUUCUACCCCAAUUGCCCUGGUCUUGUUGCAGUAAGGACUUACCCUGGGUCUUUUUUUAUUCAGUUUAUUUUGGAGCCAGCUAAACCAUCUGUUAUAAUCAACACAUCAACGCAGUAAUUUCAUCCAUAAGGAUCUUAGACAUGCUGCAGUUAAUACCCAAACCCCCCUGACUGUCCCCAAACCCUGACUGUCCAACGAUAUGGCAUGUUUUUCAUUAGCUGCUCGAAUCUUGAAUGAUCCUGGGAGAUUUAGAAUAUGUCAAAACAACCCAUUUAGUGUUUACAGCCAGAUCACCCUGGGCUUAUUCACUCAGAAUCAGCUCUAUUUAGCCUCUGAGUAAAUGCCUGGGCAAAUAGUGCACAUGAAUGAGCCCUUGUUGGCUGUCUUAUCCAUCUGCCUCAAUAGGCCUUUGGAGGCAAGAGAAUCUGACAGUGAUGCCCAUGCACAUGUGUGAGAAGCCGUCUUCAGUUACCAAGUUUAAUUUUAGCCCGUUAACAGCCUCAAUCCAACUCUCGGGAAUGCAUAAGGGCACAAGGCUUUUCCUCCUUCUCCUCCCGUCACUCUCUCUCUCUCCUCUGCGAGGAGAUAACAGCUUCUCCUUUAGUCUUCCUCAACGGUUUGGAGCAAUGAACGAUAGUCCCUUGCAAGUGCUGACGUUGCCUACUUCUCCGUACCCCGACCAGAGGCCUGGAACCAGUGGCCUGAGGAAGAAGGUCCAUAUUUUCCAGUCUAAAAAGAACUACUUGCACAACUUCAUUCAGUGCAUCUUCUCCUCCAUCGACCUGCGGGACAGGCAGGGCUCCACUGUGGUGGUGGGUGGAGAUGGACGCUACUUCAAUUCGACUGCAAUUCAGGUCAUAGUGCAGAUGGCUGCUGCUAAUGGGGUGGGUCGUAUUGUGAUUGGUCAGAAUGGCAUCAUGUCGACGCCGGCUGUGUCGUGCGUGAUCAGGAAGAUUAAAGCCAUAGGUGGGAUUAUUCUUACUGCCAGUCACAACCCUGGAGGACCUGACGGAGACUUCUGCAUCAAAUUUAAUACUGCCAAUGGAGGUCCAGCACCAGAGGCUGUCACAAAUAAAGUCUUCCAAAUGAGCAGAAUCAUAGAGGAAUAUGCCAUCUGUCCUGAACUCAGAGUUGAUCUAGGGACUAUUGGCAAGCAAUCCUUCGACCUGGAGAACAAAUUCAAACCUUUUACAGUAGAAAUUGUGGAUCCAGUUGAAUCCUAUGCCAACUCUCUGAGGAACAUCUUCGAUUUUGCCAUUCUGAAGGAGUUACUAUCAGGAGACAAUCACAUACAAAUCCGUUUAGAUGCCAUGCAUGGAGUGAUUGGGCCGUAUGUGAAGAAGAUCCUGUGUGAGGAGCUGGGCUCCCCUGCGAAUUCAGCCAUUAACUGUGUACCUCUGGAAAACUUUGGAGGUUGCCACCCAGACCCCAACUUGACCUAUGGCGCAGACCUUGUUGAGACAAUGAAGAGUGGACAGUAUGACUUUGGAGCUGCUUUUGAUGGUGACGGUGACCGUAAUAUGAUCCUUGGGAAGCAUGGCUUCUUUGUAAAUCCCUCCGACUCAGUUGCCGUCAUUGCUGCAAACAUCUUCUGCAUUCCUUACUUCCAGCACACAGGAAUAAGAGGCUUUGCUAGGAGUAUGCCCACCAGUGCAGCUCUAGACAUGGUGGCCAGGGCCACCAAGAUCCAACUAUACGAGACUCCAACCGGUUGGAAAUUUUUUGGGAGCUUGAUGGACGCAGGACGUCUCUCGCUGUGUGGGGAGGAAAGUUUUGGCACAGGUUCAGAUUAUAUCCGGGAGAAGGAUGGGCUUUGGGCAGUGCUAGCAUGGCUGUCCAUCCUAGCGGUGAGGAGGCAAAGUGUAGAAGACAUUAUGACAGACCACUGGAGAACCUACGGGAGGAACUACUACACCAGAUUUGAUUAUGAGGCGGUGGAUUUAGAUGCGGCUGUGGAGAUGAUGUUAGAUCUUGAGCUGGUGGUUUCAGACAAGGCAUUCAUUGGACAAGUGUUUGCUGUGGGGGAAAAGAAAUACCAAGUGGAGGUGGCAGACAAUUUUGAGUACAGUGACCCUGUGGAUGGAACCAUUUCAAGAAAUCAGGGUUUGCGGAUCAUUUUUAAAGGAGGUUCUCGCAUAAUCUUUCGUCUUAGUGGGACCGAUAGUUUCGGAGCCACAGUUCGCCUGUAUAUCGACAGUUUUGAGAAAGAUAUAAGCAAGCUCUUUCAGGACCCACAGGUGGCGCUGGCGGAGCUCGUCACCAUUGCCCUGCAGCUUUCACAGAUACAUGAAAGAACCGGGCGAAGAGGCCCUACUGUUAUUACAUGAUUACUUUCAAUGUCCUUUUACUUUUUCAUUCUUUUUUUUCUACACAUUGCUUUCGGCGAAAAAUAUAAUUGCUACAUGUUCUCUCGCCUUAUCAGAAAGAGUACAGACAUUCUCGAGCUUCACCUUUGCUUGGCUUAUGAAUAUUAAUUACGUCACUUGACGUUUCAGGAAGGUUACCGAGCAACGUGACCAUAACCUAAUUAAUAUUCAUGAGCUAGCCACUGACGAAAUUUGUAUUCGUGAAUUCGCUGCCCAACAACGACAUGUUGGACUCAGUAAUAAUGUAAUAUACUGGCUGAAAUGAGACGCAGCUGUCACACAGGUAGGCUAAGUAACUUCUGAUAACGGAUAUAUAAUUUAAGGAAUGGUU